CACGAUUGGAAGGACCACGCGUGGCCGCCGUCGCUGUGCGGUUUGGGCAUUGGGUUAGUCAAUUUGGGUUCCGUCUUCAUCGCCGCCCGGCCCAUCGGCUCCUCCACCGCCUACGCCCAGCUGGCGCUCAUGGAUCAGUUGAUUCCCGCCAAGUUUCCACAGAAGCUGAAACCGUUUGAAAAGUUUCAACUCCUCGGGUGGUACUGGCAAGUCCCGUAUCUGAUGAUGGCCGUUUUCGGCGCCUACUGUUCGGCCAGGCUCGCGGACAACCUGCCCAGCGGCGCGCCGUACGUGCAGUCUGAAAUAACCGCUUUUCUCGGUGGAACUCUGAUGCUCUUCGGAUCCAGGCUCGGCGGCGGGUGCACUAGCGGGCACGGGAUUGCCGGCAUGCCGCUGCUCAACUUGUGGGCGAGUAUGGAAGAGAAAUUGUAUUAUUGCGGAUCUUUUACCGUUUUACACGGUAACGAAUGCAUUACCGUGCGGUAUGCAGCACGAAUUUCGACAAUCUAGAUGACGAUAAGUACUUGAUAGAAAGCAGGAAAGCCCUAUGAGCGCACUUGUGCCAUACUAAACUAGAUUGAUUACAAAUUUGCAGAAAAGCAAAAGCCGGAAUGCGCUUGUGCUUACCAACGUCAUGUAGGGUCCUCGUCGUGUCCGUGUAGUAGGGACAAUUUUCCAUGCAUAGCGAUCGGGGCGGUGUGUUCCAUGUUCGGGGUUGGUAUCGUGGUCGCAGUCAGUAUGGAGCUGGCCGGCGAGUUGGCGUUGCACGCCAGGUUGUGAAGCAAAGUGUUGCUUGGGCGGAACACCUCUAGGAGGAGAAAAUCAAAUAGAAAGUGACAGAAACCUAAUAAAGAACUGCAAAAACUAAUCCUGAUCAUAAUGCUUAUCCUCAUCGUUAUACACGUCAUGAGACGUUGGUUGGUGUAGUUGGUAAUGACUACCAGAAUGUGUCGCGCAAGAGUUCUUGUGUGCGUCAUUCAACAAUGCUUGUUGAGAUGAUACUAGUUCGAAAAUUUGCUGUGUGUGUUAAUUAUCGUGUUUCAGAUAUGAAAGUACAACUACAAGUAGAGUGUAAGAUGCGUAGGACCCACAAAACGCAUCACGACAAUGACCAACACCUGUG